AUGCAAGCAGUCAUUCAUGUUGCUGAUAAACCGAAGAAAGGAGGCAAUGGAUCUAAGAAAGGUGAAAAGAAGACUGCUGCCAAAGAAGGUCCAUCAGGUGCUACAAAACCUUCUCCUAAAAAUCGAAAGGCACUGGCAGCAUCUUCUACUUCUGUUCUAAAAAGAAGAAAACAACCUGCUCGCAAAAGAAAAACUCCUACACCAUCAACAAGUGAAGGGUCAGAUUCUGAAACUGAAUCGGACGUUCGUAUUGAACAAAAUCAACCAGUUCGUAAUGAGGAGGAAGAGGCCAUUCGUAAUGAGGAGGAAGAGCCCGUUCGUAAUGAGGAGGAAGAGCAUGUUCGUAAUGAGGAAGCGACUACGAACCAAGAGCCUCCAGUUUGCAAUGAAGAGGAGACUACGAACCCAGAGGUAAACCAAUCUGUUAAUGACUUUGUUCCUUCUCCUCCUCCAUCACCAAAAACUUCAGUCUUCACUAGCCAUGUUUCUUCACCCAUCUCUUCGAUUCGUAAUGACGAUCCAGAUAGGAUCUUUAGAGAUGAUGGUGAUGAUGAUGAUCUUGGCGGAUUCACCUACAGUCCAUUUCAGAUCAGGACUGAAAGUGAAGAUGAAGCCACAGUUUCGAAAGGGCAGCUUAAAGCAAUUCACAAGAAACUUGACCAACUGCUUCUUGCCUCCAAGGCUUCCUCCUCUGACGUCUAUUCAAAAGCAACUGUUGAGUCCUUGUUUGAGCGCAUAACGAAAGAACAUGCAGAGAAUGUUGCAAAGAUGAACGUCGUAGUGUCAGAGUUACAUAACAACCUAGAACAAUAA